AUGUCGGGUAAAGCCAAAAAUGGUCUAGUCUUGUGUAAGUUUCACGAGAUGACAGAGAAAAGCAAGAGGUCAAAGAUUGCUAGCAAAGCACUGAUACAGGCCUCGUCAAGGCCACUCUCGAAACCCAUAAAAAAAGCAAAGCUUUACACUGUUAAGUAUGAUGAAGAUAUGCAGGGAAUGAAGCGUAAACCAGGGAGGAAGCCAGGAGAUAUGAAAAAGAAGCCAAUGCUUCCAAACCAUUCAACUGCCCAAUCAGUUCUCAAUAAUCAACCAACUGCAAGGGCUCAGGGAGUCCGAAAACCGGAGAACAUGUUGGCUACACGAAGUGAUUUGCAUCCUCAUACUGACACGGCCGCUCGAGGACCGCUUCAUCCCCGAAGUGCAAAAAGGGGUGGGACGGAGUCUGAGGAUGCAUUUCCCCAAGAAUUGGGGUCCCCAUCCCGGUCCCCGUUCGAUCCACUGUCAAAUACUAAACAGGCACCUGAAAAAUUCUUCACCUUCUCGAAUAAUAAGAAUCCUGGUAGUAAAACUCCCCAACUUGGUCUAAACAAGGUGUUGAAGGAAUCAUCCUCGGUAGUUUCUUCCACAUCUCGAGUUCAAGUUGUUUAUCUAACUAUGGAGACAUCACAACCUACAUUACUGAAACCGAGUAACAGCAAAGAAGCAAGAAACAUGCAUCAUUCUAAUUCUGAAAACGACAAGGGAGUGUCCACAUGUGGUUGGGGCAAUACAGGAAACGGAGAGGAAAUUUUGGGACGUGGGUGGGAAAAUCGACCAAUAGUAAGAACCGAGUCUUUGUUGCAAGGCGAUGGUAUGAACCACGAUGUAUCACAUCUAGCUCUGAAACGAAAAGCUAGUACUCAGGAAGACCAAGAAGCUGAAUCAAAUUCCACGAUGGAGAAAGAGUUUCGGCAGAAAAAUCAACAAAAUCUCAUCAACACAACGAAUGAACUUGCAACCCCACCAUCCCGGGAAAUGUCCUCGAAUUCGGAAUCUUCAGCUUCACAAUUACAACAAAAGGAACCAAAUCAAAAAGAGCCGACGCAUACGGCACCACUCUAUGGUGACUACAAACCCCACACUAUCGAAUAUCAACGUCAAUUGCGCUGCAAGACCUACGAUCCCAGUGUUCUCGACCAUUAUUUAAGUGUACAAAUAGAGUCCCAAGCCCGUGCCGAGGUCGAGAGAGAACAGAAUCUUAUGCCCCAGCCAGAAACCGCUGCCAAAACACAAAUUUGGGGUAACAUCGAUCCUCGAGUCGUCUGGCCAAAAGAAAAAUCCGAAGACUGGUACGAGGCUAAACGCAAAGAAAUUGAUGCACGUGGUGGGAAGAAGGCGAACUUUGGAAUACUUCUUACGGCGCAAGUGAGAAAGGAGAGGAGUGAUAGGGGUUGGCAUCCGAAUCAGAACAAAGAAUAUGUUCCUAAGCAGGAGAGAAAUAAUAGCUCCAUUUUCACUGCAGAUGACGAAGAUGUGGGCGCAGUCGAGCUGGCGAUCAAGGGCGGAAAACUGGGCGUUCUUAUGCCAGUGGCAGGAAGAGAGAGGAAAUCAUGGGCAGAGAAGGGGUUUCUGCCUGGUAAUAGGUAUAAACGUGAUAUCCAUGAUUCACUCUAG